CUUCUUUGAAGUCGAACAUUUCCUUAAGAGCCAAAGCAUGGGAUUCAGCUUGUGUUCCUGCACCUAAUAUGGCUAAAAUAUCCUUGCUACCUUUAUGCAUACAUUUUGUGGCAACAGCUGAAGCAGCAGCUGUACGCCAAGCUGUUAUUCUAUUGGCUUCAACAAUCUGUAAUAAAUCAUAUUACAUAAAUAUAUUAUGAAAAACAAAUUAUAUAUAAAUAAAAUAAGAAAACUACAUACAGCUUUGAUUUUUCCAGUUAUUGGAUCAAACAGCAAAAUAUUUGCUAAGACACUCGGAAUUCCAAUAGAUUUAUUUUGAGGAAAUGAAGUUACUAGCUUGCAAGCAAGAGCAUGAUCAUUCUCAGAAUAGCUAGGCAUAGCCAAAAACAGUCUGAAAUUGUUUCAAGAAUAGAUCCAUUAAACUUUUAUACAAUGAACUGAGAAAAGAAAAAUUGUCUGGUAUGUUCUUUCUCAUAAAAUAACAAAGGUAAAAUAUUUUUUUAAAAUCUACCUUAUAUUAACAAGAAUAUAAACUUACUUUACUUUAUCAGCUUAUUUCUAUGAUCAUUGACCUUAUAUAAAAACAUACAUUAUAAUAAGAGAUAAAAUAUGAACACAUAUAAAUAUUUUAAGCAGAUAUAAUUACACCAUUAAAUAGCCAAAAUGUACAAAUUGUUUUUACAAUAUCAAUGACUGAUGAUUUUCAUCAUACUCUUUGCAAAAACCUAAAGGACUACAUAAUUAAAAAAAAUAAACCAAUCACAGACAAGUAAAAAAUAUCAACAUAAAACAAUUGUCAAAAUAUAAACAUAAAUUAUGAUGUUAUUUAAGAAAAAUGAUUAACAAUUUAAUAACAUUGUAACUAUUUAAGAAGUGAUUGAAAAUAGGGCUGUGGAUACAAGUUCAAGAUAAAUUUGAUCAGAAAUUCAGCCACAAACAAAUGUCAACGAAAUUCUAAUAAAGAACUUAUAACAUUGGCUUAAAUAGUCAUGUAUGAUAAGUUCUCGAUUCAGGCCUAAUAGAGGUUAGUUCAUAAAACUAUGAUUCAAAAAAUUAAAUUAAAGUAAUCAACUGAGAUCUUUUAAUUUUAUUUAUAGUCUUGUUUGAGAGGUUGAUUGUAUAACUAGAAAGUGUAAAAAAAAAAAAAAAAAAAAUUACAUUUCGUUCAGAAAUGAAAAAGUAAAUAAUAAACAAUUAAAAAAGAUCUCAUAAGUGAUAAAUAGAAAAAGGGGUCAAAGAUUUGUCAGCUGAAUUCUGCUUAAAAAUACAAGAUUAAAUUGAUAUGAAUCAUUAAAAGUUAUAUAAGAAAACUUUCCCUCAGCAAAAUCACAAUUAUAACUUUAUUAUUACUAUUUAUUGUUAAUUUCAUAAUUUAAGUGCGACAUGAAGACAGGGGUACCCACAAGGAUGUUUCAUGGAGCAAGUUACGCCAUCACAAUUUUUGAGGGAGCCACAUUUUGACAGAGUUAUGGGGAGAGGAUUGGCACCCCUGUAUGAAGAUGAAAAAAUAAAACUUUAAGCAAUUCAAACAUACAAUGAAUUGAAAAUAGAUAAGAGUUAAAAACAAUUUAUUACAUUAAAUACAAUCAUUUAUUUUAAUUCUCAUGCCUGAUAAUGUUAAUAAUGUUUCAUUAAAUAAUAUAGAAGCAAAAUUUAAGUAAUGAAUUUGAUAGCUCAUUGUUUUUACUUAUAAAAAAUUUAAAAAAAUAGAAUGGCAGUUAUGAUUCCAAAAUUUAACUAAUUAAACUUUUUUUAGUUUUCAAUUAAAUAUAUACCUAUUAAGUCAAUAACAGACGAAAUAAAAUUUAAAAUUAUAACAAUGCCUAAUUACUUUAUAAAACCUACAAAACAAAAAUACAGUUGAACCUCUAUCUCUAGAACUUAAAAUUAGUGACUACAAUUAAAAAUAUAAAUUUUGCAAUUGAAUACACAUGUCGCAUAUGGCAUAUAUUGAGAACAUAACAGUAUCAUCUUUAAGAUUUAUUUAUUUUUUUAAUAGAUAAAAAGUGUAUACAAAAUAUACAAUAAAGAGUUCCAAUAAUAUAGAUAUGUAAUUAUCUUAAAACAAAUAAAUAAAUACAUGGAGACAUCUCUUAUUUCCGGGAAAUUAACUUCUGAAGUCUUGCUUAUUGUGAAGAUAUUUAAUUUAAUAUAAUAAAAAAUUUAUUCAUAUAAAAAUCAGCAUAUAAUAGUUCGAUACAUGGUUCCCUGUAUAGUGGUUCAACUGUUAAAAGUUCUAAAAAUUAUAAUCACUUAAAUUUCUAUCCAAUAUGUGAAUAAGAAAUUUACAAAUAAUGUUAUUUGAUUAUUCACACAGGUACAAAGUGAUCUAAGCGAAACAAAAAGCUUGAUCAUGAUGUCAUUUUUUUUUAGAUGGUUCAAAAGAAUUUUCUUGGAGCUCAAGAACAUGUUCCACAGGCACAGGUUUGCCAUCAGGUCCUAUCCUGCAAGGCUUAAUAAUACCUUCUCUUUGAAGCUUAUCAAUUUUAUUAACCAACUCUAAAGCAAAAUACUCUUUUUGUUCUUCAGUCAUAUUAGCAAUUUCAUUCACUCUAGGUGGUGUAAGACAACCAACGACGGGAUUAAUCAUGUGCUUGUUUUGAAUAUACUCUUCAGUUUCACUGUCUUCACUAUCAGAUCCUGAAAAGGGAUUACCACCAAGCAAUCCACGAUUUGCUAAAAGACCAGCUGCGUUUCCAUACCCUGUAUAUUUAACCAUUCUGGCAACACUUUCUUUACAAAGAACAAAAAGAAAAUCAGCAACUAAAUCUCUAGUGGAUGUUAUGGGACAUGUUAAUAAGCGACAAAGCUUAUUACGUAAGGUAUUACCAACUUCAGGCCUAGUAUAAACAUCACGCAAAUUAGGCAAUACUUUAGAUCGUAUAUAUCUUCUAAAAAGAGAAUUGCUUUUUGACAAAUUUGUAAGUAAAAGAGUAAUAGGGGAAAGCUCUUCUUUAGGGGUAGUGGGAAUAUCCUCCAGUUUAGUGAGGAUAGCAUCUAGAAAAUCUAUCAAAAUUGAAACUGCUUCCAUUGCUGGGCUUUUUUCGACAAACUUCUUAUCAUUUACUUGUUUUCCUGGUAUAAUGAGAGCUAUUAAGCAACCAUGUGGUACUGAUGUAAGUAUAUUAACUAUAUCAUUAAUUAAGCUAAUAGAUUGUGGACUUAAGCCAACUAAAAUCAUUUCCCUCAAUAAAGCAACAAAUUUCUUAAAUUCUACCAUGUAUGAAUCUUCUCCUUUAACAUUAAACAAAACAUUGAAAGUAGUUUUGAGUAUUUCAGAUAACAGUUUCAUUCUAUUAGCAUUAAAUUGGGGUUUCUUAUUACUGGAACUUAUUAGACUUUCAUUAGAAAUAUUUCCUAUUUUCAUACAAAGUUCAGUGAAGAAACUAAGACCAUAUAUGUUAAAUAAUAGGUCACGAGAAGAAUUAGAAAAACCAGUAAUAAGAAACAAUAAUUUUAUUUCAGAUAGGGUUCUUUCUGAGUUUUCUUCUGCCAGGGACUGCAACUUCUUAGCUAAAAGAUUGGUGGCACCAAAUGAAUGUAAUACUUCAGCUCCACUUGGAUGAUUGUAGGUCAAAUUACACAGACAUUUCAAUGCUUCCAUACUACACUCAUCAUUUUCUUUCAAAUCUAAUUUUAUGUUCGAAAGAUUGAAUAGUACCUGAAGUCUUUUUUCGUUAAUAAACUUAUCUAAAUUCAAUUUUUCUCUACUCAGUAUUCUAAUUGCUUUGAGACACAAUAAUUUCACUUUAGGAUCAUUUCCUUCCAACUGUUUGAACAAUACAGCCCAGAAUCUUUCUCUAAUGUUACCAUCCAAACAAGGGGAGCAGAAGUUUUUUUCAUUUUCUUCCACAAAAGUUGAGAGCAACGGUAAAGAUGAUUCCACUGAUAAAUUUUCAAGACUUGAAAUUAAACUGUCCAUUUUAAGAGAUUCGAAAGCACUACAAAUAACGUUUAUAAACAAAUCACUUUCCUGAGAGGUUUCCUUAUCAUCAAACGAUUACAGUGUACAUAGCAGAAAUGGCUACCUGAUAAUGGCUACCGAAACUAGUUUUGGAAAUAAUGCAUUAUUUAAAACUUCUAUAAACUGAGUAUUACCCUUGUUUGUCAGGAAUAUCCAUGAACAGUCUGGCCGGCUGAAUCGUAGAUUUAUUUUUAAUUGAGAUAUCAACUAAACUCUUUUCUAUAACUGGAACUAGAGUUUUCCAUUCCAGGCAAUUUUUGACAAAAUCGUCAGAAAUCAAUUUGACGAAAGACAUCCUAAGCGGGAUAGGAAAUAACAGGGCCAAAAUCACAAGUCAUCAAACAGUUAGAACUUAUUUCUCUUUUUUGACUGAUAUCUUGCAUCUGAUUACAAUCACGAAUUUGGUGACACUAGUUCCAUGAUGACAUCGAUAUUUUUUUCUUAAUCGAUAUUUGAGCAAUUGUGUUGGUAUUUUGCACUUUAUCUUUUUUAAAUUAAAUGUUCGAAGUAUAAUAUUUGCAUCAAUAAUAUUUAUAGUAAUAAGAAAUUUGAAACGGUAUGGAUGAUUACUAAAUAUAAGCACAGAUUACAAGACAUGAAUGAAAUUUUCUAUGAAUCGAUUAAUUCAUUCCUGUUGGGGAAGGUUUGAAUUUAUUGGAGAACGUGAUCUGGAUUUGACUUUGAAUGGAGGAUUAUCAGUUUUUAUGAAAAUGUGAGUGUCAUUUGAAUUAAUGUCUAUUGAAAAUGUGCGAUAUUAAGAGAUCUGAACAAGAACAAGCUGUGGUUGUGAGAGCUAAUCCCAGUCGGAAAGUUUUUAGACCACAAUCAAAAACGUUAAAUAAAAUACCUGAUGACAUUUUAAAUAAUGUGCUUUUAAAUGCUGCCAUUCAGAAACUUCCACAGAAUUACAAUUUUGAAAUACAUAAAACCAUAUGGAGGAUAAGACACACAGAAGCGAAAAGAGUUGCCUUGCAGAUGCCAGAAGGGCUCCUUCUGUUUUCUACAAUGAUCUGUGAUAUUAUAGAACAAUUUACCUCUGCAGAUACAGUGAUUAUGGGAGAUGUGACCUAUGGUGCUUGUUGUGUAGAUGAUUUCACAGCCAAAGCCCUGAGAGUAGAUCUGCUUAUUCAUUACGGUCACAGUUGUCUUAUCCCUGUGGACCAAAUGCCUGAUAUCAAAGUAUUGUAUAUAUUUGUUGAUAUUAAGAUUGAUCCGAUACACUUUAUAGAAACAAUAAAACUUAAUUUUAAAAUGGAAACUAAAUUAGCUUUUGUUAGUACUAUACAAUUUAUCACAACUCUUCAUGCAGCUGCAGGUGAACUGCGUAAAUUGGGUUAUGAUGUAAAGAUACCGCAGAGUCGACCCCUUUCACCUGGUGAAGUAUUAGGUUGUACUGCACCGACUAUACGAGAAGUUGAUGCCUUAGUUUACCUUGGUGAUGGAAGAUUUCAUCUUGAGGCUGCCAUGAUAGCUAAUCCAAAUUUAAAGGCUUUCAAGUAUGAUCCCUAUGAAAAGAAAUUCACAGAAGAAGAGUACGAUUAUGAUGAUAUGCAUGCUAGACGAGAAAAAUCCAUUGAAGCUGCACAAGUUGCUGGUUCUUUUGGUAUAAUUUUUGGCACUCUGGGUAGGCAAGGAAACAAGAAAGUUUUCAAUUACUUACAGAAUCAACUGAAAAUUAUUGGAAAACCAUGGGUCAAUAUUCUUUUAUCUGAAAUAACUCCUAGAAUAUUGAGCCUGAUGAAGAUUGGAGCGUACAUCCAAACCUCUUGUCCACGGCUGUCCAUUGACUGGGGAGCUCAGUUCCCAGUCCCAUUACUGACACCGUAUGAAGGAGCAGUGGCUCUUGGCAAGCAACAACUUUUUACACUUCAGUACCCAAUGGACUAUUACGCUGUGGACAGUUUAGGACCCUGGACUCCUAACAGUAAAGAGUGUUGUGGAACUGGUUGUGCCAAAUCUUAGCAUCAAAAUUCAAUUUUAACAUAAUUGCCAAUCUUUUGUACAUAACAUUGUUUAUAAAGUACGGAAAUUUUUUAUUAUUAAGUUAUUUGUAUCUAUUUAUUUUGUUGUACAUUUAAUGUCGAAACAUUGUGUUCCUUAUUUUAAAAUAUUUCCUGCGUUUGCAUUGUUAUUUUGAUUUAAGUUCGACGAACUAUUUUCUUAAAAUAUAUUUUAUAACCUCAA